GUAUUAUAAUGUUUUGGAUGUUACAGUCUGUAACUAAAGGUAUUUUUUUAAUGACUUUAAAUUGUACAGAUAUUUUUUACAGUGUACACAUCACAAGCUGAGCUCCUCCUCCUCACCUGUAUCAAGCAGAUCACCUGCAGCGUCUCCAUUUAGUGACGCAGACAUCUCAGCAGCAGAUCCAACUUACUAAAGUCCAGAAGAUGGAAGAUUUGGACCUAAAGAAGGACAGAGCAGAACCUCCAGGAUCCGUCUGUCCCUCUAUGAGGAGUGACUGGUCCAAAGGAAACCCUCCAUUCUUCAGCAAAGAACCAGAACCAUCAGACCCAAAAGAUCAGAACCUCAGACUGAGAGCAGAACCUCCAGGAUCCGUCUGUCCCUCUAUGAGGAGUGACUGGUCCAAGGGAAACCCUCCAUUCUUCAGUAAAGAACCAGAACCAUCAGACUCAGAAGGGAGGAAGAGGAGCAGCGUUGGUGAGGAGGAGCAGCCGUCCUGCUGUGCUUUGUGUCAGAAGGUUCUGAUGGAUCCGGUCUCUAUCAGCUGUGGUCACUGGUUCUGCAGACAGUGCAUCAGGUUCUACUGGGACCAGUCUGGACCCUCCUCCUGCCCCCAGUGUGGAGAAAGACCCAGAACAGGAGCUGGACUGCUGACAGCCAAUCAGAGCAGCUGUACUCCAGCAGAUGUUGUUCUGCAGCAGGUUCUAAAGGAACAUAAGAUCAGUCUGAAGAAGAGAUGUGAAUGUGUGACUGAAGAAAGUGAUGAAUCAGGAAGUAGAACCCUCCUCAACAGGAUCUACACUGAUCUCUACAUCACAGAGGGACAGAGUGAAGAGAUUAAUACCCAACAUGAAGUGAAGCAGCUGGAGAGAGCUUCAAAGAUCCAGAACCUCCAUGACUCUCCAAUCAGGUGUCAUGACAUCUUUAAAUCCUUUCCUGAUCAACAUGGAGCCAUCAGAGUGGUUCUGACCAACGGCGUCGCUGGUGUUGGAAAAACCUUCUCAGUGCAGAAGUUCACUCUGGACUGGGCAGAGGGCUUGGAGAACCAAGAUGUCAGUGUGGUGGUUCUGCUUUCAUUCAGGGAGCUGAACUUGAUCAGAGAUGAGCAGCACAGUCUUCUCACGCUGCUCCAUGUUUUCCAUCCAACACUCCAGAAGCUCCCAGCAGAGCAGCUGGCUGUCUGCAAACUUCUCUUCAUCUUUGAUGGCUUGGAUGAAAGCAGACUUUCACUGGACUUCAACAACAGUCCGCUGGUUUCUGACAUCACACAGAAGUCAUCAGUCAAUGUUCUGCUGACAAACCUCAUCAAGGGGAACCUGCUUCCCUCAGCUCUCAUCUGGAUAACUUCCAGACCUGCAGCAGCCAAUCAGAUCCCUCCUUCAUGUGUUUCCAAGGUAACAGAAGUACGAGGCUUCACUGACUCCCAGAAGGAGGAGUAUUUCAGGAAGAGGUUCAGUGAUGAAGAGCUGUCCAGCAGAAUCAUCUCCCACAUCAAGACCUCCAGGAGCCUCCACAUCAUGUGUGGAAUCCCAGUCUUCUGCUGGAUCACUGCUACAAUUCUGGAAAACAUGUUGACCUCAGAGCAGGGAGGAGAACUACCUAAGACCAUGACUGACAUGUACUCACACUUCCUGCUGGUCCAGACAAAGAGGAAGAAGAACAAGUACCAAGGAGGACAUGAGACAAGUCCACAGGAGCUGAUGGAAGCUGACAGAGAAGUUCUUCUGAAGCUGGGGAGGCUGGCGUUUGAACAUCUGGAGAAAGGAAACAUCAUGUUCUACCAAGAAGACCUGGAGCAGUGUGGUCUGGAUGUCACAGAGGCCUCAGUGUACUCAGGAGUUUGUACAGAGAUCUUCAAAAGAGAGAGUGUGAUCUUCCAGAAACCAGUCUACUGCUUUGUUCAUCUGAGCAUCCAGGAGUUUCUGGCUGCAGUCUACAUGUUCCACUGUUUCACCACAAGGAAUACAGAGGUAGUGGAGAAGUUCCUGGGAGAAACAUACACAUCUCUGGAUGGCAUCAUGAAAAAAGUCCUAGAGAAAUCCUUCUCCAGUAAAAAUGGCCACCUGGACCUGUUUGUUCAUUUCCUUCAUGGCCUCACUCUAGAGUCCAACCAGAGACUUUUAGAAAGCCUUCUGGGUCAGACAGAGAACAGUCCAGGAACCAUCCAGAGAAUCAUCAACAAUCUGAAGGAGAUGAAUACUGAUGAUAUCUCUCCUGAUAAAAGCAUCAACAUCUUCCACUGCCUGGUGGAGAUGAACGACCUCUCAGUUUUUCAGGAGAUUCAACAUUUCCUUAAAUCAGGGAAUAGACUGUCAGAGAUCCAGUGUUCAGCUCUGGCCUUCAUGCUGCAGAUGUCAGAGGUUCUGGAUGAGUUGGACCUGGAGAAGUACAAUACAUCAGAAUCGGGACGACUGAGACUGGUUCCAGUUGUGAGGAACUGCAGAAAGGCUCGACUUUGUGGCUGUAAACUCACAGAGGAUGAAUGUGAAGUUGUGGCUUCAGCUCUGAAGUCCAACAAACAUCUGACUGAACUGGAAAUAAAUUGGAUCAACAUAGAUGGAACCAGAACCAACUCUGGACUGAAUCAUGUGUUUGAGAUCCUGGAGAGUUCAGUCUGUAAAGUCAAGAGUCUGAGAUUGGAGAGAUGCAGUUUGUCAGAGAUCAGCUGUUCUUCUCUGGCCUCAGCUCUGAAGUCCAACCAACAUCUGACUGAACUGGAGCUGACCAACAACAACCUGGAAGAUUCUGGAGUGAAGGAGCUCUGUGGUUUCCUACAGAAUCCUGAAUGCAGAAUACAACGAUUAAUAUUGAUCAACUGCAGUUUGUCAGAGAUCAGCUGUUCUUCUCUGGUCUCAGCUCUGAAGUCCAACCCCUCCCAUCUGACUCAACUGGACCUGACAGGAAGAAUCCUGGAAGAUUCUGGAGUGAAGGAGCUCUGUGGUUUUCUACAGAAUCCUGAAUGCAGAAUACAACGAUUAAAAUUGGAGGACUGCAGUUUUUCAGAGAUCAGCUGUUCUUCUCUGGUCUCAGCUCUGACCUUUAACCCCUCCCAUCUGACUGAACUGGACCUGAGUUACAACAACCUGAAAGAUUCUGGAGUGAAGGAGCUCUGUGGUUUCCUACAGAAUCCUGAAUGCAGAAUACAACGAUUAAUGUUGAAGAGCUGCAGUUUGACAGAGAUCAGCUGUUCUUCUCUGGCCUCAGCUCUGAAGUCCAACCAACAUCUGACUGAACUGGACCUGAGCUGGAACAACCUGGAAGAUUCAGAUGUUCAGCAGCUGAAGCUUUUUGUUAAGAAUGAUAGGUGGAGGUGAUUAACUGUAUAAAGAAGAGAAUCAUCUCUGUUUCUUGAUGAUCCUCAGAGGUUGAAGCUGCAGCAGUUUGAGUUUAAAGAGACUCUGAAUGGAUCAUGAUUACCUUUAACCUGAAAGAUUGUCAUUUUGUUUCUGGUAUUGUUUUUCAAUUUGAUCAAUGAGUAUGAAGUUGAGUUCUACUCUGAGCUCCUUUUAUUGGCUUCAUGGAGUUUUGAUCUGAACUCGAUUCAACAGGAAAACAGUGAAAUUAAAUUUAGAGGAGUAGGCCUGGAAAUUGGAUUUAUGUAAAUGUAUUUAAGUAGAGCCAAGACAUAAAACACAAAACAUUUAAAAGAAACUGUUGUUCUGUCAAAGGUUAAUUCUCAACUAGAUCUUGGUUCAGCUUUGAGAAGCCAAUCUUGUAAUUAAUAAUACAAAGAAAUAACUAACAAUCAAUGAUAUUAUGCUAAUGUGCUUUGUUUUAUUGAGAACCGUUCAUCUUUUUCUUAAUCUAAUCAUGACAGGUUAUAAUCAUGGGAAAAUUGUAAUGAUGGAGAAUUAAUCUAAGCUGUGUGGGAUUUAUAACUGAGAAGUGAUCAUUUUUUAUUUCUGAUCAUUUUGGGGGAAUUAAUUGUUACAAAUAUUAAUAAUGAUGAACAGUAGUAAUGACCGGAAAAUAAGGUGGUAGUUGAAGUAAAGUUUGGUGAUUUAAAUGAUGAUUAUAUUGAAAAUGUUUAAAUUAUUUCAAUCAGUAACAUAGGGGCAGGAUGUUACAUGUGGCUGAGUGAGACGGAGAGGCAUUGAGCAAAGGAGUGGAAGGUGAAGAAAAGUUGCAAUAAGUUAAAUAUGAGACCAAAAGAAGUUUAUAUGAUGUAAGAAAGGAUGCAUCUAGAAGCAGGCAAAAGGUCUCAGAACCACAAGAGGAACUACAGGCAACAAAAUGGAGACAAAUUAAGUUUAUAGACAGCAGUCAGAAAAUUAAAGCUCAGUACUGAAAACACACAGGAAACACGUCCUUAUAAGGACCAUAAGAUUCUUGAAGUAGCAAAUAAACAAACAGUCAUGUACACAGGAAAUCAUGUUGGGUUUAUAAAAAUGAUCGAUGGAAAUGUUUGAGGUUGUUUCCAUAAAUGACAGAGAUUAUGAAAGGAAAAAAGAGUUUAAAUAGAGAUAAAAGCCUCAGAUUGAGAUGAAAGUUUUAUAUCUUUGAGGAGUCAGCCUGUGGGUCAAAGGUUCAGGUUUCUGAAUCUGGAAAUUCUCCCAAAGCUGCUCUUUAGACUGAAAUAACUCUUUUUGUUGGAUAAAACAACCUUAGGGUUCCUGCUCAGGUCCAGUUAAAAUGUUUAUUUUUUGAUUACUGGGAUUUAAAACCUCCAGUAGUUGAACAUUGGAUUUCAACAUGUUUUAUAAUUGAAUGUUUUUUAUAUGAUAUCGUCUUUUUCUCCUUUCUCUUUGAAUUAAAUGACGUGUUGUAUCUGGUGAGUUUUGCAUUAAAGAGCAAUCAAAAUCA